AUGAAUGAUGUGGAUGAUUUAAAGGUUGGCUAUAAUGAACGCUUUAGCCACUGUGAAUAUUUCAAUCGGCGGAAGGCUGAUUAUGAGACAUUCCUAACGCCGACUGACUUCGCAAUGGCUUCAGAGCUUGAUGAUCACUGGCAAAAUAGUGAUGACUGGGUUCUUUAUAAGACCGACAAAUUUGAGGGUGAUAUGGAUAUAAAUGUCAUUGAUUUGGCAAAUAUCUAUCGAAAUGUUGAUAAUGACGAUACAAAUUCACAAAACAAUGUACUAUAUAAUGCGGUACGAAAUCGACACCAACUAUGGCCUAGUUCCCGAAUACCAUAUGCAAUAAGUAGCCAAUACAGUCCAUAUAGUCGUUCAAUAAUAGCAGCCGCAAUGGAGGAAUAUAUGAAACAUACAUGUGUUCGUUGGGUACCACGAUCUGUUAAGGAUUAUGAUUAUAUCUACAUAGUGCCCGAUCGAGGUUGUUAUUCAAUGGUUGGAAAAACUGGAGGAAAACAAACGGUAUCGCUGGGUACGGGGUGCAUACAAAAGGGCAUCAUAAUGCAUGAACUAAUGCACGCGGUUGGGUUUUUCCAUGAACAGUCCAGAACUGAUCGAGAUAAGCACAUAACAGUGCUCUGGAGAAAUAUACAACCUGGAAUGCAGGGGCAAUUUGAAAAAUAUGAUCACGGCUUGGUCGAUUCACUCGGCGCUGACUAUGAUUACGAUUCGAUUAUGCAUUAUGGACCUCAAGCAUUUAGUCGCAAUGGUCAACCAACGUUAGUGCCGAAAAUCCCUAUUUCUAUUGGUGUAACUGAAACACAGAGAAUAGUAGCGACUACAGCAUCUGAAAUCAGUCAGGAACCCACAAAUGCAUCCAUACACCUGAUAAUCACUGAGUCUUGUAAAAACAUUCGUUCGGAUUGCGACGAACUCGUCACUUACGGAUGGUGUAUAGGUAAUCCGCGAUGGAUGAAGCACUACUGCUCAAAGAGCUGCGGCAUGUGCAGCAAUUUCACAGUUCAGCCAUGUGUAGACCAACGGCUAGAUUGUUUUACACUUCUGCAAAAUGGUCACUGUACAAUUUCGAAUGCAUUCAUGCAGGCUUUCUGCUCAAAAUCAUGUGGUUUUUGCAAAUCAAUAGAGAUGUUGAGCAAUAAAACAGCGGCAACAACAAAAUUACCAACUACAACCCUAACAAUGACAACAACAGAGGCGACAACAAGGAAAUUCAGCAGAUUGAAACAAUCGUUCGGAACUGCAUGGAGAAAGCUAAUCAGUUCAAAAAUAAAUCCUGCUGAAGUAUCUUCUACGCAAAAACUGUGCAGUGAUAGGAAACGUUUCUGCACUCAUUGGAAAAAUGUUGGAUUCUGCAAAGGAUUGUUUUCCAGUUUUAUGAUGGAAAACUGUCAACGGUCAUGUAAAACAUGUACCGAUGAAUAUGAUGAUAAAUAUUCCAAAUAA